GCUGUUGACCCAAAAGAUUAGUUCCGUAAGAUCCCAAUUCCGCCACCAUUUUCGACCUCAUCCUCCCAAAAUUAUCCGAUUCCGAUCCAUCUCCGCCGCCUCUGGAACUUCGCCGAUCUUUUUCGCCAUGUUACGGAUCACAUGAAUCCCGCCUUAUCCGUCGCCUCACGAUCUCAAUUUCAGGUUCUUAUGUUCUUCACCUUCGAUUGUUUUUGAUUCCGACAUUACGAUUUCUUUGCCCCAUUUCCUCCAGCCCUUGGCUCGCAAAUCUGAAGUUUUGUUUGACCCUUCGCUAAUUCGGGUUUCGAAGAGCAUUUCAAUAUGCCUUCGGUACCUCUUCAUCUCUUCCUGCGCCCCCUGCUUCCUUCUUUGACUUCAUUUCAUGGUGGUUCCUCCUCGCAUCGUCUGAAACGGCUCGAGAAGGGUGAUCGGCGUGGUAAUCUUAGUUAACAUGGGGUUCUUUUAGCGCAUUCCGUGCUCUGUUUCUAUUCUCCAGCCUUCUCUUUUCUCCUUCUUGCUCUGUGCUCCGUUUGAGGUUUCGGAUUCCUUGAGAAAUUAGAGUUUUAAGGUUUAAGGGUUUCUUCUUUUGCUCUUGAUUUUGAGGUUUUUUCCGGUCGAAGCCUCUGUUAGCGAGUUACUGGAUCGAAAUUGACUACUCGUUGAGAGGGUUCUUGCAAUCCUGAUUAUUGUGCAAGGUCCUAGCAGAUUUCUCGUGCUAUAUAUAAUUCUGAAUGGACAUUCCUUCCAUUCAUCAGAAGUUGGCUAUCCUGGAUGUAGACGGCUUGGAUGAUCUGCAGUCGUCUUUGAAAGAAAUUGAUGGUGCAUUGUUUAAUGAUCUUGACGGAUCUUUUAAGAAGUAUUUGAGCAUUGAUAAUACCCAAAGUUCAGAGUGCAAUCUGAAUUGCGGUGAUAAUUCAAAUGACAGAAACAAUCAAGAAGAGCUAGAACUUCCCAAGAGCAACUCAUCUAAGAAGUGUUUAGGCAGGUCCGCAACCUUUCCUUUUCCUGCUGCAACAUCGCCUCCUAAUGAUUCUUCAGACAAUGAUGAGAAACCACAAUCAACAAUGGGCGAUAUGGCCUCUAAGGAAUCUACGCAUCAAGCUUUUACAAGAUCAGUUUCUUGUCCAACUCCUGGGAAGCUCAUAUCUGCCAUGAAAGGUAGCCGAGCACAACACUCCGGCGCUUCACCUAAGCUGACUGUGAAAUGGGCUCCUGAUGUGUAUGAUCCUCCCCAGACAUCUUUGUGUCAUAGUGUAAAAAACAACAAAAAACAGCAGAAAUCUAAGAACAGGAAGAAUGGAAAGAAAGGACAGAAGAGCAGCAACUCUUCCCGUGGGAGUGGUGGCCGGGACAAAAGGCAGGCUCGUAAAGCCGUCUGCAGCUCUGAUCGGUAUCAAAGGUCAUUCGACUCUCACGAAAACUUGGUUAAUACUCUCGAUGAGUUCGAGAGUUUCGAUGAUGGGAGCUCAGAUUCUCACUGUGGAAGUAUCUUCCUGAAAACAUCACUCACUAAGGUGCACUACUCUGUUACCGAAGCCUUGUGAGCAUUAUUAAUCCAAGUUUUCAUCUUCUCCCACAGUUUCUGUAAAUAAAUAAAAUGUUGUUUUGGUUUCUUUUGUGAUUGUGGAUGACCGAGCGGCUUGGACCAAUUAAUUGUUCGAUGUUAACUUUUUUGUUGUGUUUGUACGAGGGAUUGCCCGAGGAUUUAUAGAACACUUUAUGAUAUGGUUGAAAUUUCGCUUUAUGUUAAA